AUGUCUACCGAGCAGACUUUCAUUGCCAUCAAGCCCGACGGUGUCCAGCGUGGACUCGUUGGCCCUAUCGUCUCCCGCUUUGAGAACCGUGGCUUCAAGCUUGUUGCCCUGAAGCUCUGCUCUCCCUCCAAGGAGCACCUCGAGAAGCACUAUGCUGACCUCUCCUCGAAGCCUUUCUUCCCCGGCCUUGUUUCCUACAUGCUGAGCGGCCCCAUCGUCGCCAUGGUCUGGGAGGGCCGCAACGUCGUUAAGACUGGCCGUACCAUCCUCGGUGCCACCAACCCUCUUGACUCCGCCCCCGGUACCAUCCGUGGUGACUUCGCCAUUGACGUCGGCCGUAACGUCUGCCACGGCUCCGACAGCGUCGAGAGCGCCCAGAAGGAGAUUGCCCUCUGGUUCAAGAAGGAGGAGCUCCAGAACUACAAGCAGAGCCAGUUCGAGUGGAUCUACGAGAAGGCCUAA